AUGUCGAGUUGUGAGCGGAAUGCAGUAACCCAUAAAUUCAUUGACACACCGCAGAAAACUGUAGAAGUAUUAUCAACAAUCGAUGUACAUGAGCAUCUUUCACAACUGCAAGGAAUUCGAGCGGGUGCUGUUGUUCGACCAGAACCUCUUUUUCAUAGAAAAACGCGACUUAUCAUAGAUACGCAUUACGAUCCUGAACAUAAUAUACUACGGAAUGGAGUAGAAGAAAUCGAAUUUCAAAAUAUCAACUUAAUCUCGCUGGAUAAAUUAUUCAACGACAAACAUGAAAUAUUUCUUGGAUUCGGACUACCGAAUGUUUAUUUAACUAUUUCCAAUGAAAAUAACGAUGGAUACGUCAAAUUUGCUGCGUUUAUGUUGUGGCGUCAACGAAGUGCAGUGAUCAAUACAAAAGGUCGUGUACAAUCAGGUUUUCUAAUUCGUUUUCGAAAUCUACCCCAAAAUGCAUUAGUAGCAUUACGACGAGCUAUAUUGCAAUAUUCAAACAAGCGGCACAUCUCUUGUGCAUAUGCCAAUGCUUGCGUACUCGACUCAGCCGGAUUUACUAGUGACGGCACUGUCUUGAAUGUUCAUUUCGGUGCUCGUGCUUUAUUUCAACAAAUUUUUGAGCACGGCUUGGAAUAUAGAAAUGAACCAGUAACGCUCGACUUCAUACGAACAACUCGAUUGACACUUGAAGAACAUUUUAGUGAAGUACGAAAGAAAGAACUCACUAGCUUGGGUCGUACUGGUAUGAAAGUCAUAGAUGAAUGUGCAAAUUCUAAGAGCCACAUUCGAGCACCCUUACUUCGAGCAACAUAUGUUCCAAUGAAGCCGACAGUUGUUGGUCCUUGUGAUUCAUUAACACGUUUAGAAAUUUCUCGUCCUGAUUUAUUUGGAGCGACAAUUCGAAAAAUUAUUGGAUCACAUACAGUCAUAAAAGUAAUUCCAAACCGAGAGCAAGUCAACGUAGACACCUAUCUAUCAAAAACACUUCGGGCAUACGCAAUGAAAAAUCCAAGCCUACUAACUCGAAUUAAGCAGUGUAUACUUUUCUCUCAACCUAUUGUGACCACAAUUCGAAAUCACAUGGCUUCUUCGUGGGACGAUCAUGGUUAUUUUGCUCCUGGACCUUUGGCAUCUAUGAUGAGUAUUCAUACUAAAACUGAAACUAAUAUGUACAAUAUUGUUAUUACUGGUGAUUAUCUCAUUGGCAUGCAUAAUAGUUCAGGUUGGAAAAUUGCAGAUUGGAUAUUAUCAAAACAUGUUCUCAUAUCUGGUUAUGACGAUGACGUCCGUUUUGCUGGUGAAGUUUGGAUGCAACAUGAAGAAGAUGGUUUGGUUCUUCAUUUAUCGAACAAUUCAGGUACUUACCAACCAACGAACGAACACCUUGUAGCUGCUGGACAAUACGUUGCUGCUGCAUUACCCGGUCUAAAAAUAGAGCUUCAUCCCAAAACAACAUCACUUUCAGCAACUUCGAAACUGGUUCACAGACAAAAAUGGUUGUUUACACGUAAACACAUGCUAGUACUCGUGUUAGCAUGUUCGGCAGGCAUAUUUUUUCUUACGCUUAGUAAAUCGAACCCUACUACGUAG